AUGGAGACUGGGGAGCGGCACCGCACAGCAGAGCCGAUUGCGAUUGUCGGCAGCGGAUGCAGGCUCCCCGGUGGUGCGACAUCACCAUCCAAGCUGUGGGAUCUCCUACAAGACCCCAGAGAUGUUUUGUCCGAUAUCAGCUUGAAGGACAGGUUUGAGACGCGGGGAUUUCAUCACGAGAAUGGAGAUUAUCACGGCAGCACAAAUGUCACCAAAUGCUACCUUCUCGAACAAGACUAUCGUGUCUUCGACCAUCAAUUUUUCGGCAUCCACCGGCGCGAGGCUGAGGCCAUGGAUCCUCAGCAAAAAUUGCUUCUCGAGGUCGUCUACGAGGCAGUAGAGGCAGCCGGGUACUCCAUGCACGAUCUUCAGGGAUCAGAUACCGCAGUCUUUGUGGGCCAGAUGACUGAUGAUUAUCGCGACGUCUUGUUCCGCGAUAUGGAAGUAAUACCCCAAUAUGCCGGUACGGGUUCCUCACGCGCGAUCUUGGCCAACCGCGUGUCCUACUUCUUUGAUUGGCACGGGCCCUCCGUCAAUAUCGAUACAGCGUGUUCGUCCAGCCUAGUGGCGCUUCACCAAGCUGUCCAGGCUCUGCGCAGUGGAGACUCGAAAGUGGCUAUUGCUGCUGGGUCCAAUGUCAUCCUUGGCCCCGAGACAUUUGUUAUGGAAUCAAAACUGCACAUGCUAUCACCCUCAGGCCGCUGCCGGAUGUGGGAUGCUGAUUGCAAGGGGUACGGCAGGGGAGAAGGCCAGGCUGUAGUCGUACUCAAGACCCUUUCCCAAGCCCUAGCCGACAAUGACCAUAUAGAAUGCCUCGUCAGAGAGACGAGCGUGAACCAGGACGGUCGCUCACAAGGGCUGACCGUCCCCAACCCCAAAGCACAGUCUGCGCUUAUCAAGUCGACAUAUGCCAAAUGUGGCCUGGAUCCCACACGUGCCGAAGACUGUUGUCAAUAUUUCGAAGCACACGGCACUGGCACAGCAGUUGGAGAUCCCAAUGAAGCGGAGGCCAUACGUGAUGUCUUCUUUCCGAAGGAAGCAAGACGGCUCGUUACUGAUGGUGAUGAAAAGAGCCGGACCUUGUACGUUGGUUCUGUCAAGACUGUUGUAGGGCACACAGAAGGUGCGGCAGGUCUCGUUGCAGUCUUGAAGGCUUCUCUCGCUCUUCAAAACGCACGAAUACCGCCCAACAUGCAUUUUGAACAGUUGAACCAUGCUGUUGAGCCAUUCUACCAUCCUCACUUACGAAUACCGACCGAGCUGCAGCCAUGGCCGAAGAGUAGAUCACCAGCACCACGGCGUGCGAGUGUGAACAGCUUCGGGUUUGGAGGAACGAACGCACACGCAAUUUUGGAGAGUUGGGACGAACAUACGCAACUACCAUCACAUGUGGCCGGCACUGGUCCAGUCGAAGCUGUUCCGGAACUGCAGCCUGCCCUUGCAGAUUGCAGUCUCAUCACCUUAUCGGCCCAUACGAGGAGCUCUCUUGAGAGAUCGGCUUCGGAGCUGAGCAAGACACUCUCGAGCACAACAAGCUUUUUAAACCUCCAGGAUAUUGCAAGGACGCUACAAUCCCGGCGGACCGAAUUCCCCUUCAGAGCUGCUUUCGCGGCUGCUGGUAAGAAAAGUCUCGUCGAUAAAUUAGAUGAGUUCGUGGCAGGCCAUGUUGGCCCUGAUGAUUCUACUGCCAAAGAAGCUGUCUUGGUAUCACCGGAAUGGCCAAUUCGUGUGCUAGGCGUCUUCACAGGCCAGGGCGCACAAUGGCCUCGCAUGGGUGCGUGCCUGUUCGAGAGCUCGCCUGACUUCCGGCGCAGCAUUCGACAUCUAGAUGAAAGUCUCGCAGACCUGCCAGACGCUCCAUCAUGGUCACUUGCCGAUGAGAUGCUGAAACCCGAAGCUGUAUCCAGAGUCCACGAGGCUGAGAUUGCACAGCCACUCACGACAGCUUUGCAGAUCGCACUGGUGGAUCUACUCCGUGCGUGUGGCGUCAGACUCACCGCUGUCGUAGGACACUCUUCGGGUGAAAUAGCUGCCGCCUACUGUGCAGGCUACCUCUCUGCCUGGGACUCUAUUCGCGUUGCGUUCUACCGCGGUCUUCACUCAUCCCUCGCACGGUCACCUAACGGUGACCAGCCAGGCAGCAUGAUGGCUGUUGGCAUGGGAUUCGACGAAGCUACUGAAUUUUGCCGAAGCGUCGUUUAUAGGGGCAGAAUAUCGGUGGCAGCCAGCAACGCACCCGCCAGCGUAACGUUAUCCGGAGAUUCUGAUGCGAUUCGGGAAGCGAAAGCAGAGUUGGACUCGCGUGAGGUCUUCGCGCGAAUCCUGAAAGUCAAUAAGGCCUAUCACUCACACCACAUGCAGCCAUGCGCUCCAGAAUACCUCAAGUCUUUGUCGCACUGUGAUGUUCAGCCGCAGCGGACUUCUGUGGAUGGCGAAUGCACUUGGUAUUCCAGCGUUCAUGGCACGGAUGGGCGAAGCAUCAAUAUAUCGCACGCGCUCAGUGGGCAGUACUGGGCCGAUAAUCUCAUUAAACCUGUCUUAUUCCAUGAAGCCGUUGGAAGAGCUGCCCGGGAAGAAGAACACUGCUAUGAUCUCGUGCUCGAGGUAGGACCGCAUCCAGCGCUGCAGGGGCCGGUGAAAAAUGCGCUCAAGAUCCUUGCUGGAGUAAACCUCCCUUAUCUCGGGCUGCUUUCUCGGAUGUCAGAUGAUCGAAUCGCCUUUUCCGAUGCCCUGGGCUCUAUGUGGGCGAAGUUCAGAACCGCGCCAGGUUCAGCUCCCGUCGUGCAAUGGAAAGCUUUUCGAGCCACAAUCCAGGGCGGCGCUACCAGCCACGGUUCAAUGUCGAUAGCAUGGCGAAACAUAUUUAAACUGGAUGAAAUAGCGUGGCUAAACGGCCAUCGAUUCCAGCAACAAGUCGUAUUCCCAGCUGCUGGCUAUGUGUGCAUGGCCGUAGAGGCCGCUGCGGCAUUGGUUGAGGAGGUCGAGCCGGGGAAUUUGCCUCUGUCGACAUGCCCUGUAGAGCUCACCGACCUCCGGUUCCAUAGUGCCGUGACGCUCGACGAAAACUCGUCUGCCGGCGUGGAAAUGACCUUCAUCGUGACAGUUUUGCAUCGGGAUCCAGUGCGACGUACGAUCGUAGCCGACUAUACAUGUUACAGCGGCGAUACGGCUGCCCGUCCAGGGGAGGCUAGUAUCAAAGAAGUCGGGUCAACGACGCUUGUCUUCAGCGCUCGUGCGACUGUUAGUUUCCAACAUACAGGACGGAUAGUUUCCACCCCUCUUCUACCCGACCGAGUUGCGCCCGAGCUGCCGCUCAGCAGGGUCGACACCACUCGGUUCUACUCAUGGGCUUCGUCGAUAGGUCUUCAGUACUCAGGCGAUUUUCUCGUGGAGUCAAUCCAGAGGCGGCGCAACCUGGCUACUGUUAUUGUGGGACGACCUGAUCGCCAAGAUGGGAGCGGCGCUCUGCGGUUGUAUCCCCCGACGCUGGACGCAGCGUUUCACGGAAUCUUUGCGGCGUUCAGCUUUCCUGGAGACCUCCGGAUGACAGGCGCCUACCUCCCCUCUAGAAUUGACCGUGUCCUGGUGGACUUGGCCCCGACGAUCACUUGUAAUUGCCAGGGCAUCCAGCGGGACGAUGAUAAGAACAGACUGCUAGCUGACUGCUACGUCCGGCAAAGCUCGGCAGUCGUGAUCAGUGGCGACGUCGAUUUGUUUUGUGCGAACUGCAAGCGUCACGAGGUUCAGAUCGAGGGUGUUUCCAUUUCGCGUAUUAGCCCUCCCACCCGAGAAGACGAUCGCGCCCUGUUUGCUCGCACCGUCUGGGACCGAGACGUGGCGGAGUGUGGUCUUGAGAUCCAACACGAAACGGAAGAUCGCGCAAGAUACCGUGCCCAUCUGAACGAGAUAAGUGAUCGGACGGCCUACUUUUACAUCAGAAAGCUCUGCGAUGAGUUUUCGCGAGAUGACAUCGCGGCUAUGGAAUGGCAUUUCCGAUGCCUCAUGGAGUGGGCACUGGAUUUCCUGAAACCAGCAGUAGAAGCUGGGCGUCAUCCCCGAAUUCGAACCGAGUGGGCAUAUGACACCGCUGAAGACAUCGAAGGCUGGAGGCAACAGUAUUCUGAUCGUAUCGAGAUGAAGAUCAUCCACGCAGUCGGCCAAGUGCUUCCACUCGCGCUGCGUGACUCGAUCUCUCCUUCGUCAACCAAACCAGCUUUGGUUUUAGACACGCUGAUGAGCAACAACAUGCUCGGCCAGCUCUACCAUCAUGCAGAAAGCUUCUGGCAGGCUAAUCAUCUUGUUGGAAUGGCUGUUGGUCAGCUUGCCCACCGCUACCCUCACAUGCAUAUUCUGGAGCUGGGUGCCGGUACUGGGGCAGCGACUGCAACCGCAAUACCACGUCUAAACGAUCAGUUCGCCUCAUAUAGUUUCACCGACAUCUCCGCUGCAUUCUUCCAUGAGGCAAAAACCAAGUUUGGCAACGGUGUUGGUGGGGACAAAAUGCGAUUUGCAGUUCUUGAUCUGGAAAGCAAUCCGCGAGAUCAAGGUUUCGAGGACCAUUCCUUCGACCUCAUAAUUGCGUCAAACGUUCUUCACGCGACGAGGUCGUUGAUCCAGUCGCUAUCCUACUGCAGGCAACUGCUACGACCCGGGGGGUUCUUAAUUCUGGACGAAGUCACAAGCCAUACAGUUUGGGGACCGUUCAUCGUCUCGGCCCUACCAGGCUGGUGGCUUGGCCUCGAAGGGGAUGGCAGAAGCCACGGCCCACUGGUAUCCGAGAGUAAGUGGCAUCAGCUCCUGAUGGACACAGGGUUCUCGGGAGUGGAUCAUGUUGUCCGCGACACACAGGAUGACUCCUCUUAUAUGUUCUCCGUCAUCAUUAGCCAGGCCACAGAUGACCACGUCGAUUUCCUACGGGCCCCGCUAAAGCUUCCGGCCGCCGAAGCGGACCAGGUCAAUCGACCUAAUGCUGUACAUUUGAACUGUGAGCUUGGCGACCUUGUGGUGAUAGGCGGCCGUAACUCAGGAGGCCAGAUAGCCCUCAAAAUGAGCUCAUUGCUCGAGCCAUUCGCGCACUCAACGACAAUACUCAACGGCUGGGAGACAUUAGAAGCUCAAGCUAUGGAGAAUGCAACUGGAAUGGCCAAUGCAGACCAUAUUAUCAAGCCAGGGAGCACCAUCGUCUGUCUGUCUGAGCUCGAGCACGAAGAGACAGCCAUAUUUACUGCAUUGUCAGCGUCACGACUGGGCGCCCUCCAGACCAUGUUUCGCGACGCGUCGUACGUCUUGUGGGUUACACGCUGCCGCGCCGAGAACCCUCAAGCGAGCGUCAGUGUAGGGCUUGGUCGCACGAUGAUGUGCGAAUCGCCGCAUUUGCGUUUUCUCUUUGUUGACAUCGACGACGUGUCUGCUAGCAGCUGUCCAUCCUCAACAUCUUUCGCGGAAAUGCUACUGCGGAUGGUAUUCCUUGACGGUCUCGAGAAUCAGGGCAUUCUCUGGAGCAACGAGACGGAGGUGACCAUUCGUAAAGGUCUCAUCUAUAUCCCCAGGAUCAAGUCGCAUGAUCGACUAAAUUCCCGCCUUGCUUCUGCCAGGAGAGUUGUUUCAGAGGACGUUGCGGUCGAUUCCAUAGCUUCGAAAUUCCCUGUCGAGCUCGAUUUUGACCACGAUGGACGCGUUGAGAUUCGAGAGGCGAUUACCGCAGUAAAUUCUAGCAUUGGUGGGGAUGUUCCGAUCACACAAUUCACUUCUUGCUGCUCCUCGAUGUUCGCCUUCAGAUCCAACGAUGGCGCUAUUCCGGCGUAUCUCUGCAUGGGAUUCGCCACGAACCGACCGGAUCAAAUGAUAAUUGCACUAUCCCCCACGAACAGCUCGUUGUGUGCUGUCGGACCAGAGCAGUGGCAGUCAAUUGACUGCAAACGUCUUGAGCAAGAGCCUGUCAACGUACUGCGCCACAUACUUGCUGUACUCUGGUGCGAAAGCUUGUUCAGCAGCAUUUCAGGAACACUUUGGCUUCACGACGCUCCAGACGAUUUAGCCAGUUUGGCCAAAGCCGUGGGCAGGACUCAAGGCAAGGACAUCUUUCUCAGUACGUGCUCCGCGUCGAGGGCAGCAACAUCGUCUGGAUCCUUGACCUUUUUGCACCCACGAUCUCCCAAUCGCUCAAUAAAAGACAUCAUACCUUCGAAAAUUGCGAGACUGUGUUUUCUGGGCCCGGAUGGCAGCGAAGACGCAUUAGCCCUGCGAAAUACACUCCUAAGGUACAAUACGAUCGCAGAAAGCAACAUCACCACUUCGUACCGAAACUUCAGUAAAGCCGAGACAGUGCCUCUUAACCUUGGAAGCUCUCGAAUCAUGGAGAUUCUGGCCAGACAAAGUGGCUCGCCAUGCAUUCACCACCAAAAUGAUACCUCUUUACGCCCAGCUAGCAUCGACAUAUCAAUGCUCAAAUCCAUAUCAGGUGACCAAGACAUCACGAGUGUUCUCAACUGGCCCGCGAUGACAACCUCAACGACGUCGCUCUCUACAGACGUAGUCUCAAUUAGACUGCAUCCCUUAACUUCGAGCCCUAGGCCACUGUUCUCAUCAAACCGGACAUAUUUACUCGUUGGGCUGGCGGGUGACGUCGGCAUGUCAUUGAUUGAGUGGAUGUCAACACAAGGCGCGAGAUACUUCGCCCUCGUUUCCAGGAACCCCCGCCUGAAUGCGGCAGUGCUCCGGCAUCUGACAAAAUUGGGUGUCAAUAUCCAGACCUGGGCGCUCGACAUCGCUGACAAGGAAGCACUUGGCUGCGCACACAAGGAAAUGAUCGCGAAGAUGCCGCCUAUCGCCGGUGUGGCCAACGGCGCCAUGGUCUUGCGUGACCGGCCUUUUGAAAAUAUGACCAUCCAGGACUUCGAGGUGGCUAUGCGGCCUAAAGCUCUGGGCACGCAAAAUCUGGACGACUUGUUCUACACAGAUGAAAGCCUUGAGUUCUUCGUCCUUUUCGGAUCCGCCACCUGCAUUGCUGGAAAUGGCGGCCAAUCGAAUUACAGUGCCGCAAACAUGUACAUGGCAGCUCUGGCAGAGCGACGGCGCAGACGAGGCCUGGCCGCCUCUGUCAUCUAUCUUGGUACCAUCCUCGGCGUCGGCCACGUAGCCCGUGCAUUGGAGAUAGGCGGCAAGAGCCACCGCAUCGAGUCUCAGCUCCAAAGGAACUCGUCCAUGCCAAUUUCUGAGGACGAUCUCCACACAACAUUUGCUGAGGCCGUGUUCUGCGGCCGGCCAAACUCGGGUAUGGAGUCGGACAUUAUCGUUGGACUCGGUGACGGCAAGGAAGCAUCUUGGCGGGCAAUACCGCGCUUUUCGUCCUGGAUCUCAUAUCUUUCCGAUCGGAGCAAAGCAGGUUGGGGGAACAGUGAAGACCCUCAGUCAGAGAAAAUAUCACCUCACAUGCCGCGGCAGGGCUCCCUCCAGCAGCAGAUCAUUGCAGCUCUAGUCUCUUCUCAAACAGAGGCAGCCACCUUGCUGGAAGAGGCUUUUACAGCAAAGCUCGGGAUAAUUCUUCAGAUGGACACAGCGAAGACCGACAAGACUCUCCCACUCGUGGGUCUCGGCAUUGACUCCUUGGUGGCAGUUGAACUCAGGUCUUGGAUUCUCAAGGAGCUAGGAGUGAAUAUCCCAAUUUUAAAGAUGCUCAGCGGUGUAUCGCUAACUGACAUUUGCGAUGAAAUUUUGAGUCGAAUACCUGAGACUCAACAGAUCUCAACAGCUGAGAUUGACGCAAAGACUGGUAACGAUGGAACUGCGACGAGUCUUUCCAUGCCAGUCGAACUUCUCCCUCAAUAUCAACCCUUUCAUGACAAAGAUGGUGACUCGACAUCUCAAUCCGGACCACCCUCAGAUACCACAUCUCUGUCAAUGUCACAACAGGAUAUACCGGCAUCACCCGUCACGGCAUGUUUCUCUCCCGCACCCAAGCCGUCAUUUGAGUCUCCAGAUGUGUCUCGCUAUGUCCGAGUCGGAGACAUGUCACCAGCACAGGCUCGACUCUACUUCUUGCACCAGUAUCUGGAAGACAAGUCUGCGUAUAAUAUCGGGUAUGUGGGCAAAUACAAAGGAACACUAGAUAUUGACAGGCUCGAAAGAGCUCUCUGGGAUGUCUGCAGCAUCCACGAAAGCCUUCGUACCUGUUACUUCCUGGACGAAACUUCACACAGCGCUGUUCAGGCUGUGCUAAAAUCCCCGCUUCCAGGAUUCCAGCAUCGCGUGAUUGAGGACGCAAGUGAAGUCACGAGAGAGGUCGACCACCAGAAACGUCUGGUGUUGGACAUUGAGAACGGGCAUGUCGUCAAAGUUACAGUUCUCUCAUUAUCGCCCUUUGAUCACUACGUGAUUUUCCUGCACCACCAUAUCGCGGUCGAUGGAAUCGGCUGGUUCUUAUUCCUGAAGCAACUUGAUCAAGCUUACACCGGGAAAACGCUAGUUCCACCAGUCCAACAGUCUAUUGAUAUGUCGGCGAAGCAGAAGCUACACGUGACAGAUAUACAGCGCGAACUAGCCUUCUGGGGCGAAAUGCACAAAGACCCUCACGAACCUCUGCCGUUGUUUGCCUUUUCCAACGUGAAGAACCGACAGGUCCUAAAAAGAUACGAAACAGAGACUGUCGACAUGGAGUUGGAUCCUGAUCUAGCCAGCCGGAUCAGGCAGUCCGCAGCAGCUUGUGGUGUUACGUCCUUCCACUGGUUCCUGUCGGCUUUGGCCGUCUUCAUCAAGCGAUGCAUCCAGGUGGACGACUUUAGCAUUGGCAUUGUGGACGCCAACAGGCCUGACCCGGAGGAUGCCACGACUAUGGGUUACUUUCUCAACAUGUUGCCACUGCGUUUCGAUCUCCGAUCUCAAGACAAAGAGGCGAGUCGCUUCGACCACUUGCUUCAAGAGUGUCGGAAGAUGGUGCUCGAAGCGUUGGCCCACACACGUGCGCCAUUUGAUACCAUUCUUGAUCACCUCCGUGUUUCCAGGUCCGGUAGCCACCACCCGAUUUUCCAAGUGGCACUGGACUAUCGUCAGGGAUACUCAGCCGAAGACAAGUUCGCAGACGGCAUGAUUCAGUGGGAUGCCGAAAGAAGUCUCACCGCCCGUAAUCCAAACGAUAUCUUCAUCAACGUGACGCAGGCGUCGGGAGGCCGUACUUAUAUACAUUGGACCACUCAGAAGUACAUGUAUAGCGCAUCUGACGGAAGAAUGAUGAUGACCUGGUACACGAGGAUCCUUGACGCCCUUGCUCGCGACCCGUCGACGAUGAUGGCAAAAUGUCCCAUAGCCGCAGAGGCAGACAUGCGACGCCCAUUCGAACUUGGUACUGGACAGCACGUAGAAGCGCCACCUGGAUGGGGGACAGGAACAGGCACACUGAUUCAUCAGGUCGAUAAAGCCGCCCACAAGUACCCUAACGACACUGCCCUCAUAGGUCAUGACGGCACCAAACUCACCUAUGCUCAAAUGAUGAGCAAGGUAUAUCACAUCACACAGCGCCUAACACAGAGUCUUCUCCGACAUGGGAUCAACCUAGAUGAAAGCCCACUAGCCAACGUUGUCGUGGGGACGCUCAUUCACCCCACGAGUGAGUAUGUGUGCACUGUCCUUGCGAUCCUGCGACUUGGACUGGUCUGCAUCGGCCUAGACCUGCGAAACCCGGAAGAAAGACUCGAUAUCAUGCUUUCAGAUUGUCGACCCAAGGUGCUGAUUUGUCAUACGCCGACCAAGGACCAGGCGUAUCGGCAUGCGAGCCCUCUCUCAGCAGAAGUGCUCGACCUGGAUAGUGUUUCUGAGGCUUACACAGAAGAUGCAAUACCAGAGAACCGGAGCACACCGGAUCAACCGGCUGUUAUCCUGUACACCAGUGGAUCCACUGGCGUGCCAAAGGGCGUUUUGCUGAGUCACAACAAUCUGCAUUCCCAUAUCAUGGCCAACACUUCUCUGUUCAGAAUCAAUCGUGAUGAUGUGAUCCUACAUCAGACAUCUCCAGGCUUUGACUUCUGUCUUGACCAGAUUUUCCACGCACUCGGUAACGGCGGGACUCUGGUUGUGGUUAGCAGAGAGGGACGUGGUGAUCCAUCGCACAUCGCCGAACUAAUGCUCGAGCACGGCGUCACCUUCACAGUCGGAUGCCCUUCGGAAUACCUAGCACUCCUCAAUUACGGCUUACCCAUCCUGCGCAAGUGUACGAGAUGGCGAGUCGCCUUCUCGGGCGGGGAGAAGCUCACGUAUCAGCUACGUAAGGGCUUCCAAAGGCUUCACCUAGAGCAACUGCAAUUUGUCAACGUCUACGGGCCAACAGAGGUUACCAUUGCCGUUGGAAGAGGUGAAGUUCCCUACCGUACCGAUAAGGACCUCGAAAUUACCGGAGACUUCCUCUUCCCGAUGCCCAAGUACUCAGUCCUCGUCGUUGAUGAGGACAUGAAACCACUUCCAAUCGGCUUCCCCGGAGAAAUCCUCAUUGCUGGUGAAGGCGUGGCUCUGGGCUACCUAAACCGUCCCAAAGAGACGGAACUCCGCUUUAUCAAUAUCCCCAACCCAUUUGAGCCCGCCAGCACACCUGGCCGAGCCGAAACAAAUAUUCGCGUGUACCGCUCUGGUGACUACGGACGCCUUCUUCCAGACACCUCGAUAAAUCUGCUAGGGCGGAUAAACGAGGGCCAGGUAAAGAUCCGCGGUAUGCGCGUCGAGCUCGACGAGGUGGCUAAUGUCAUGAUCCGCGAAUCAGCCGGCGCGCUCACGGCGGCGGCGGUGUCAUUUCGGACAAAGCCAUUCGAGCGACUAGUCGCUUUCAUCGUCUUUGACGCGGAAUUCGAUCAGGAACGACGAAUUGAGCUCGGCGAGCGUCUCAGGACGAACUUGCCCCUGCCGUCACAUAUGUGCCCUUCACUCGUCGUCUCUGUGAAAGAGCUGCCGAGGAACGUCAAUGGCAAGCUGGAUAGAGGUGCGAUUGACAAUUUGCCUUUGCCAACGCAACCCACGGAUAAUCAGAAUGACGGCAACGGGGACGGUGGUCGAAUAUUGACAAAUGCUGAGUCGCGAAUGAGGGAUGUCUGGCUAGACGUGCUUGGUGCAGAUGAGUCGGAUGCCGAUAUCCAGCUGCCAGUUGCGAUUGAUCCUGACUCCGAUUUCUUCCAAGUCGGCGGCAAUUCUAUGCUGGCUAUCAAGCUUCGCGCACUCGUCAGACGGACUUUCAGGGUCUCCAUGACCCUUCCAGAAUUAUUUCAGCUGCGCACACUGGGUAGCAUGGCCGCUCGAGUCGCAUUGCAUACGGCGGAGAGGAAUCAAGCGCAAAUCAGAGCCCGAGACACAGACUGGGCUGCCGAGGUUGCCGUCCUUCUCGAGGGCCUGUCUUCAUAUACUUCACAAACGGGCGGUGCUCCUCCGGCUUUACCAUCUGGGUCGAAGCACCAAGUCCUUCUCACAGGCGCGACGGGCUUCCUCGGAACACACAUACUCCAACAGCUCGUGUCUGAUCCGCGCGUCGCCAGAGUCCACUGCGUAGCAUUGCGGCCCGGCCGCCACGUCGGCAUCGUCAGCGACAAGAUCAUCGAACACCGUGGUGACCUGGGUGAACCCCUGCUGGGUCUCUCCGAGCAGGCCUUUUCCGAACUCUCGCGCAAAGUCAACCUGCUCAUCCACAACGGCGCACAUGUCUCGUUUCUCGAGCCGUACACCGAAGCCCUCCGGGCUCCAAACGUCCUGAGUACGCAGGCGCUGUGCAUGAUGGCUCUCGUGAGGCGCAUCCCGCUGCACUUUGUCUCGACUGCCUCUGUGGCCGGGGUGCUGCCGCGGGACACCGGUGGCUUGGGAGAAGCCCGCAUACUCGGCCCAGUCUCUGUGACGGAAAGUCUUGCUAUUGCCAGCGAGGAGAGCUUGGCCCAUCUGGAUGGCUACACGCUCUCGAAGUGGGUUAGCGAGGCAUUGCUUGAACGCGCAGCUUCCGAGUAUGGCCUGCCGGCUUAUGUGCACCGCGCAGCGAGCCUCGUUGGCCCGGGUGCGCCUGAGCGGGAUGUCAUUGGCGCCGUGUUGCGCUACUCCAACAUUCUCAGGGCUGUUCCUCAAUUCACCGCCGGUUUGAAGAUUCGGGGUGCCUUCGAUUUGGUUCCAGUUGAGCGUGUUGCUGGUGAAUUGGUGAACAUUGCGUUGAACUCGACUUCCUCUUGUGCUUCUGCCACCUCGGCCUCACUCCCAACAUCUUUUGUACACCACUGCAACGACAUCAAAGUGCCACCAGAUAGACUGUUGGAAUAUAUGGAAGGAACUCAUGGGUAUGAAUUCGCCCAAAUGGCUGUUCGUGAUUGGAUUGACGCCGCAAAGCAGAAGGGCUUGGAUGGCGUGCUGUUUGAAUAUUUUAGUGGAAUAGCCUGA